AUGCACUCGCCGAUACAGCAGUACUUCCUGCACCAAAUUAAGAAGCGCAACAAGGAAUUGGCUGCGCUGAAGCACGAAACGUUGCGGCUGCGCGCCGAACGCGACACGAUCAACAGCCGCGUGAAAGAGUUGAAGGAAGAAGUUGACGGACUGCUAGAAGUGGCUUGUCCCGUCGGCGAGGUUGUCAAGGCGCUGAGCAAGACGCGCGUGCUGGUCAAGUUGAACUCGGACGGCAGGUACAUCGUCGAGCUCGGACCGAACGUGAAGAUCGAGGACUGCACGCCGAAUCGGCGCGUGGCGCUUGCGAGCGACAACUAUGCGAUCCAGCGCACGCUGCCGAUGCACACGAAUCCUUUAAUCAGCUUGAUGAAGGUCGAGAAAGUGCCGGACAGCACGUACGCAGACAUCGGCGGGCUCGAAGAGCAAAUUAAGGAGGUCAAAGAGGUAAUUGAGCUUUCGAUCAAAAACCCGCAGAUUUUCGAACGACUGGGCAUCUCGCAACCGAAAGGCGCGGGCAUGUACGCGCUACGCGAAAGACGCGUCUACAUCACGCAGGACGACUUCGAGAUGGCCGUCGCGAAGGUGAUGCAGCACGAUGCGUACAAAAACGUCACGCUCAAAAAACUGUUUAAGUAA